CUGAACUUACCUGUCGUGUCAUAAAUGAAACAUUUCCGUUCGCGUCGUCUUUUGGUUGGUGGGUUGGGUCAGAGCCGCCUGUAUUAAGAGCUUCUUCCUUUGGGGCAACUCUCACUUUCCGGCAGCAGCGGGACUGGCGCCGAGCUUUUUCAAUCAUAUGACAGCGAUCAGGCCGCAGUCAUGAUAAGGAACGAGGUUUUCUCCUGCUUCGUCUUCUACGCCGUCCUCCUGGUGAUCAAAAUGUACACUAUCGCGAUCAUAACGGGGCAAGUCAGGCUGCGGAAAAAGGCUUUCGCCAACCCAGAGGACGCGCUGAGACACGGAGGGCUGCAGUUUCACAGAGAGGAUCCCUACGUGGAAAGAUGCCGAAGGGCUCACCUGAACGACUUAGAGAACAUCCUCCCUUUCCUCUUCCUGGGGGCCAUCUACUCCCUGACCGGACCUUCGCUAAGUGUGGCUCGCCUUCACUUCCUCGUGUUUUUUCUCGCGCGCGUGCUGCACAGCCUUGCCUACCUGUUGGCCCUGCAAGCACCCACCCGUUCUCUGGCCUACACCGCCGCACAGGUGCCUUGUGUUUCCAUGGCUGUGCAGAUCCUGAUGUCAGUGGCAUCCUUCGCCUAGCUUUCAGAGACUUUGGGAGUGAAGAGGAGUCAAAAGAUCAAUCUUUGGACGCCCAUUCAUGAGCUGUGUCAGAGGGGGUUAACUAUGGGUUCCUGUAGAAAGACAGUGGGAGUGCAAUAUAAGCCGUUGGAUUACGCCUGAGCAUUUUUUUUUUUAAAGAAAGAUCCUGUCAGUAUUUUUAUUGUUAUGUCUUAAAAAAUGUGACAAUGUCUCAACAGAUUUUGAAGUACAAUGUUUGACGCCAUGGACUCUACUGAUGUAUCUAAAAUGCAAAUGAAGUUUGAUACAGAUUUCUUUUUGGUUUAAGCAGAAAUUUCUUGAAAUCUAUUCACUUAAAGCCACUUAUUUUCCAACUGUAGCCUCUCCCGUGUUUACACUAAACACAGACCACCAUUGAUGUGGUUUUGUACACUUAUGGUGGCUUAGUCUGUUUCCUGCGUAGGUGUGCCAACUGUCGUGUUAAGCCUUGUUUGAAUAUUGCAUUCGCCAGUAAUGAAACGGAACCUGACUGAUGAGGUGUCGAAAUAUCGAACGGGACUCACUUGCAGUUGUUCUUGUUUAAGUCAAAGCUAUUUUCCUUAAAAGGACUGAAACAUGAACGUGUCUUAACAGCCUGCAAGAACAUAGAAAAAAAUAUCUGUGAAAAUGUAUCCUGAGGUUAUCCUUAAGGUUUUGUAACUAAUUUAUUACUCUUUCUUUAGCUAUGCAGGCUCAUCAGUGGAUAUAUUUUUUAGGUAAUAAAACAGUUCAUGCCCUGGGAGGGAAAACCUCCAUUGUGUUGUAAUUUUAAUGAUCAGGCUGGCUGUUGUUUUAGCCUAGCACUGCAGAGACUGGUUUGGAAUGGGAUGGGGCCCCAUUUUUUUUUUUUUUUUUUUUUUUUUGUGAGUGAGGUGAUCCAGAAGUCCGAGGCAAACCUCCAGCAUUCCUGCCUCUAUUACGUAAGACUCUGGACCCGGUUGUGCUCACUUUCAUUACAAGAGGGGGGUUGGGAAAGAAGUGGGGAAGGAUCUUAGAUGUAUUUAUGUUUAAAUGGUAAGUCAUCCAUUCUCACUGAAAAAAUAUGGGGUGUGUAAAGUUUCGGAAGUUGUUUUUUUCCCCCUCCUCUGUCGACAGUCUUUGUCUCAGUGUUGUAUAACCUGAAGCCUCAGUUUUCCACUUCUGUACAUCAUGUCAUUCCAGUAAUCCUACUUCUGGUUAUUUUCCAAGCCAAGUGGUUGAGAUUACUGAAUGUUAACAUAAAGCUAAAAUCUUU